GCGUGCGCUUCUCAGUCCGCGGCAGUAAGGAAAGGGGGGAACGCGCGAGUGUCGUGGCUAAUUGGUUACGUAGGAGUAAGCUGGAUAAAAAGAACGGAGCGAUGGGUUUCGCUUAAGAUAAGGAUUUUUUGUUCAUCGAGGUAGAGACCAGUGUGGGAGAACUGCUGUGAAGUGUUUUUGUGCAGCACAACUACACGCACAGUUUGAGAGCAGUCAAUGGAUGAACGCAGAGAAGCAGCCUUGUCCUGGCGAGCCUCUGAGUCCGACACGGGCUCUUUGCCGUACUACCUGCCAGGCCACGAUGGUGGGGAGCCGCCGGGUCGAGCACACCCAGCCCAUAGCCGAUUCAAGGGCCGCAGCCUGUCAACCUCUCACGCCCUGAUCGGCUCUGCCAGCUUCAGGAGGACGCAGUCCCUGCAUGGACCGAGCCCCGUGACCACAUUUGGACCCAAAGCAUGCAUGCUGCAGAAUCCCAAAGCUGUGAUGCACAUCCAGGACCCUGCCAGUCAGAGAUUAACAUGGAACAAUCCCCCAAAAAGUGUCCUUGUCAUCAAAAAGAUCAGAGACGCCAGUUUGCGGCGGCCGUUUAAGGAGCUCUGCAUAUUCCUGACUGAGGUGAAAAACUUGAUCGUCUAUGUGGAGAAGAAAGUACUGGAGGACCCGGCGAUUGCCAGCGACGAGAGUUUAGUGGCUGUCAAAAAGAAGUUUUGCACGUUCCAAGAAGACCUUGAUGACAUUUCCGACCGCGUGGAUUUCAUCAUCUGUCUCGGGGGAGAUGGAACCUUACUCUAUGCCUCCUCGCUCUUUCAGGAGAGCGUCCCCCCUGUGAUGGCCUUCAACCUGGGCUCCCUGGGCUUCCUGACCCCUUUCAACUUCGACACAUACCAGUCACAGGUCACGCAGGUCAUUGAAGGGAAUUCAGCCAUCGUCCUGCGGAGCCGGCUGAGGGUGAAGGUGGUGCGGGGGUGCAGUGAGAAGGCCUUCGCUCAGGACGCCAUGGACGAAAUGGGCUUGAUUGUCACCAACGGUGACACUGAGGUGGCUCGCAAGACCAUGCAGUACCAGGUGCUGAAUGAGGUGGUCGUGGACAGAGGCCCCUCCUCCUACCUCUCCAAUGUGGACCUCUUCCUUGAUGGUCACCAGAUCACCACCGUACAGGGAGAUGGUGUGAUUGUUUCCACGCCCACAGGAAGCACAGCCUAUGCAGUGGCUGCAGGUGCCUCCAUGAUCCACCCUAACGUCCCAGCUAUCAUGAUCACGCCCAUCUGUCCCCACUCCCUUUCAUUCCGUCCAAUCGUAGUGCCUGCAGGGGUGGAGCUUAAGAUCAUGCUCUCCCCUGAUGCCCGAAACACAGCAUGGGUCUCGCUGGAUGGGCGGAAGAGGCAGGAAAUCAGUCACGGUGAUAGCAUCACCAUCACCACCUCCUGCUUCCCAGUCCCCUCCAUCUGCUUUCGGGACCCCGUCAACGACUGGUUUGAAAGCCUGGCUCAGUGUCUGCACUGGAACGUGAGGAAGAGGCAGAAUAACUUAAGUUCUGAAGAGGAGGAAGAGGAGUGUUAAGAAUGGGGGGGGGGGUUGUGAGCACUUUGUGAAAAUUCUUGGCUCCCGGGGGAUUUUGUGGGGUGUGAUCGGGAUUCCUCUUGGCACUUUGUAAAGCUCUGUGUGGAUUCUACAAGCUCUUCGGGGUUUUAACGAUCCUGGUGAAGCUGUAGCUACAGAAUCACAUCAAAGAACUUUCUGGAGGUAUUGCUAGGCAACACACUUUAACUUGUACCCUUCUUCAAAGAGGCAAAAACAAGUGUUGGGGAGCAGCUGAAAUUAGCAUCCCUCUUUGGCAAUAAAAAAAUAGGUGCCUUAUGAUGUACGAAUAUUAAAACAAGUGUAAAUGGACUGUUAGUAACAUUGUAAUUAACAGAGAAUACGAUGUAAUGAGACAUAUCAGCCUGACAUCGGAAUAAGAGAGCAGUUUAUAGAAACGGUCAUUCUGCAAAACUUGAUGACAGUUCUGUAGUUUUUUUUUUUUUUUAAAUCCAUGCUUUUUGUCAGGUGUUCUUCAUUAAUGGCAAAUGACAUCCAUCAAGUGUAUGUAAGUGUGUUUUUGGCCUCUUCAGAGCUUGCAGUAAAUGAAGGCAUGUUCGUUACAGGUCACCCACCAGUGAAAUGUUUGCCAGGUCUGCUCCAGCUUGUGUGACCAUCACUGUGUUUAUUAUUACUAUUAUUAUUAUUAUUUUUUUCAAAUUGAUGUUGGGUUUCACAGAUAUUUUUGUGCAGUAUUCUUUUUUUACAUUGGAAAGCUUUUUCCUUUGUAAGUUUAAGUUCUGUGGCUGUUUGUAGGGGCUCACCAAUCUGUGUAUUGGCCAGAUAGAGAUGAAUCACACAUCCACGCUGAACUGGGGACCGAUGCUCUGAGUAGUGUUUUUCAAGGUGUUCUUCCUUUGAUGGCCACGUGGCAGCAUUCUCUCAGUACACCUCCUUCAGUACUCCCAAGAGCAUCUGUCAUGCUUUAUGAUGGCUAAGUGGUAGUAUUCUCUUGGUGUUCCUCCUCAAGUACUCCCGAGAGCAUCUGUCACGCUUUAUGAUGGCUAAGUGGUAGUAUUCUCUUGGUAUUCCUCCUCGAGUACUCCCGAGAGCAUCUGUCAUGCUUUAUGAUGGCUAAGUGGCAGUAUUCUCUUGGUAUUCCUCCUCGAGUACUCCCGAGAGCAUCUGUCACGCUUUAUGAUGGCUAUGGGGCAGUUUUGUCUCUGCAUUCCUCCUCGAGUACUCCCGAGAGCAUCUGUCAUGCGUUAUGAUGACUAAGUGGUAGUAUUCUCUUGGUAUUCCUCCUCGAGUACUCCCGAGAGCAUCUGUCACGCUUUAUGAUGGCUAAGUGGUAGUAUUCUCUUGGUAUUCCUCCUCGAGUACUCCCGAGAGCAUCUGUCACGCUUUAUGAUGGCUAAGUGGCAGUAUUCUCUUGGUAUUCCUCCUCGAGUACUUCCGCCGAUUCUCCUCCUCUAGCACUACUGAGAGCAUCUGUCAGGGUCAGCUGAUGCUGGGGAGGCAAGCUCAGACGGGAGAGGUGUGCAAAGUCUUAGGAAUCCAGUCUUGACAUACUACUUACGCAUUACUAAACUGAUAUCGCAGUCAGAGUGUUUCCUAAUUGAUGCCAACCUCCAUGACGUUUCUGGUGUAUUUUAAAUGUGGGGUGUUUGUCAGUAUGUUGCAUAUAGAUCAACAGUGAAUAUGACAUGCCAGCUUCCUCUCUACGCCAGUUUACCAACCUACCAGCCACCCAGGUUAAACACAAUGUCCUCACCCAGCGUGUGCCGCACACACACACACACGCACGCACACAUGCACACAUGAGGGGCUGAGCACUGUUUCUGGCAUUCAUAUGUGUGUGUGAUUUUGUCUGAACGUGAUUUUUAUUUCCACUGCUAGUCAUGAAGUUCUUUGGAGUAACAUUUUUCCUAAAAUUAUAAACUUUUAUUGAUAGCUGCCUUUGUUUACAGUUGACUGGCAUUUUAGUCCCAGUGUACAGCAUUGUAGCUGUACAUAGCUGGACGUGUUCCUGUGUAGGACUCCUUGUCUGAAAGGUAGAUACUCGAAUGUGUAUACCGCCCCCCCUCCCCCCCCGGCUUUGUUUGACCAGUCGUCUUUAUCUGUAGUCUUUAAUCAGUGGAUAAGGCUUGUAAAAUAAUUGUCUUCUAGAAAAUGUUUGCUGAUUUAACUUUUUGGGUUUACACAUUUUGUACAAAAGAUUUAAAUGAUCAUUCCUUGAUUGAGAUCUGCCCAUUCCUACUGAGGUGCAAACAUUCUGGAUAACAAGAUUGAAUUUUUUCUCCAUUGUGAGAUGGCUGUGUAUGUUUUAUAUAAAAUAGUACGGCAUAUAUUUAAAAAAUCUUGGUGAACUUAUUUAAUUUUUUGGUCUUUAUGGUCUUUUUUUAUUUUGUGCCCCUUGCUAGAAUUUUCUAAUUGUUACAUUCGUACUGAAAAUACAGUGCUGUUUUUAAAGGCAUUUUAAUAAAACUGUAUUAAACCUGAUUUUUAUUUUA